AUGAUAAUCACAUUUCGCAUACUCAUUUUUUUCUUCUUUUCCCUUCUCUCUCCCCGAAACCCCUUCUUCUUCUCCCUUUUUCUUUUAUUUUCUUUCAUUUGUUUUCUCUCCAAACCAAUCACGGCCACAACCAGUUGGACCACCGCCGGAGUGCCAUUUCCGACACGCGCCGGAGCUGCAGCUUCCCUAAUCGGCGAUGACAAAAACCCCAAAGUUUGGUGGCCAUCGGAGCAAGGACGCGCCUAUACAGCCACUCCGAAGUUUCGCCGUCGAAACUUUGAGGUGACUUUCCGGCCAACUCCGACCACCGUUCGGCGAGUGGGUGGUACCGUUGGAAUCAGCGUCGUGAGAGGAUCGUCGCCCACUAAGUCAUUUCGGUCAACUCACCAUUUUUCUCCGGUGAGAUUUUGGGUAUCUUCGCCCCUUUGGAAGCAUUUUCCGGCGACACCGGAGGUCAUUUGGGCGAAGGAGCUGUACUUUCGUGAUGUACUCAUCGGGAUGAUCAUUUUGAUAUAUGCCAUGCAUAUAUUCGUUGACGUUUCCGGUACCGCCACCAACCGCUAUUGUGCACCGCUUGGGAGCCUAGUGACGCGAACGUGGAAAUGAUGAAUUAUCGAUGGAGCCAAUGUGUUUAGCCUAUUUCUAUUUCGGGUCAUUGUCUUAUCUUUUGAGCAUUAUAUAUGUAUUCGACUUCGAAUCUAAUGAUCGGUAUAUCUGAAUGAGCUAUGAAAUAGUUAGGGAUGAGGAAUGGUGGAUGCUAAGUAUUAUUUUGAGUGUUUAUGACUUAAUAAAUUUAACUAUUUGGUGAUUACAUAA